AUGAGGUCUGUGUCGUCUUCGUCUCCCAAUAAUCGAGCUGCUGCUACUGCUGCUGCUGCUGGAAAAGCAAGCGUCUACUUUUUGCCUAUCUACCCCCCCCCUGCUCCUUUCUCCUCUUUCUUCUACACUCUUCUCACUGUAGACUCGGCGCCACUGCUUUUCUGCCGACACUACCUCUGCAGUCAGCCAGUGCAAGACAAUUUCUUCAAUCUAAUGUGGGCACGUGAAGAACAGAAAUUCGCUAAAAUGGGAAUGGGGUUUAACAAGGACAGGCUUCUCCCUGGUGUCCCCUCUAUUGGAGUUGCUUUCUGUCACUUGUUCCAUCUCAUCCCAUCAUUUUUUCCUAGGCCGGGAGAGAAAGAGAGAGAACUGACGGACUGCCUGCCAGUUUCUCGCUCUCUCCUUCCCUUAUUGCGCGAUAUCUCAUCCUCUCCCCCUCCACUUUGCGCAUUUUUUUCUCCCAUGGGGAUCAUUCUAGUUCGCAUCUCCCUUCAUUUUCUACCUCCUAAUCCCCAACCUCCUACCCCACUCACCCUGCCUGUCUUUUGCUACGAUCCACAAUACGGACGAGCUUUGUGUUUAGACUGUGGGUCAAAUGAUUCUUCAAUGUAUCCAACACCCUUGACACACCGUCAAACAUCCUACUGUGGGGAGUCCGAUGGUGGACUAUUUGGAGCACGUGGUGGACCAAUCGCUUCUAUGUACAGCUCAAAUGGAGUCGGAGAUUACUACCACCAACAAAUUCAAGCCCACACGGCAAAUUCCCGGCAGCAAGUCCAUCCUGAUAGCUCAGUGGCUCCAUCUUAUUCCCAACAAGGUGGUGAUGGGGAGAGGAGGGCGGGAUGUGAUUUGAUGCGUCGCCGUCGCUGUGUCCGCUGCGGCGGCUGCCCACAAAUGUGGCGGCGUGGCUGUGGUGAUGGCGUAAGGUGGGGGCUGGAGAAACUAGCAGCUGGCUCGUCCCAACAAUCUCUUUGCCCCUACCCUGCCUACACAUUCAUGCUGCCCGGGAUUAACACCGCUCUUGGUCUCUUGAGCUAUAAUGAACAUGAAGUUUUAUUAGUAGUGUUACAACGGCGUUUGUAUCACAACGGCCAAAUGCAGAAUGUUCGCCCUAAUGCCCGACGCGAUGUUGUGUCAAUGUGCUCAAGUCUGCACUCUUAUGGAGGUGGUCAGUUGGAUCUCUCCGUAUCUACAGGGAAUCGAUCCUUUCAACAUCAGCAGUCGCAACAGGCUGCUGCGAAUUCCCCCUAUGGGGCAGAUUCGGGCCAAUCUCGGUUCACAUACGAGGAACAGCCUGAACAGCCCGUUUACUACAAUGUAAAUCCCCGUUCCAGUGGCGGCAAUUCGGUGUCUGCCGCUGGAUUACCCCCGCCUUUGGGCGUGUAUGAACAAAAUUACCGCAAUUGCUAUCAAAAUAACCCGGCCUCUAUGACUGCGGCGGCAGUUGCAGCUGCCUACAAUUACCAUUAUCAACAACAGCAGCAGAAUCAGAUACACCAACAGCAGGAAUCGGAAUCAUCCUACGAUCACCACCAUCGAAAUGCGCAACAACACCCGUCCUAUGACUAUGUGCACAAUCGAUAUACUUUUUGA